AUGUCGAGCAAACCCAUCAGUGUCAUGGCAGCAGCCUCAACCCUUGGAGGUAUAGCUGGAUACACGGCCGCCCGCUCCGUCCCUUCCCUCCUCGGCGGUGUCGGUGUUGGCGCCGUGAUGGCCAUUUCUGGCAUCAGGAUUAAGGACCAGUUGCCGGGUGGUUUCGAGCUUGCGUGUGGGAGCAGCGUAGUCAUGAUGGUGCCGAUGUUCAGGCGCGCUGUCAAGACCCGCGGCCCGAUCCCCAUCACCAUGGGCCUCGCGGCGACAGCAAGCGCUGUCUACUACGCCAAAGCUGUCUUGGACCGUCCCAAGUAG